AUGUCUCUCGGCAGACAUGCCUACAGGCAUGCAUCAUCAUCGUCUAAUAAUCUCCUCGAUCACGUCUGGAUCAGCGAGGACUUCCUAGCUUCCGCGUUCCGACGCUUCGCUAACGGCCAACGACGCUACGAGAGCCGCGUCCCGGGGCCAUUGGAGGCUCGACGACGACUCGCUAAGAGGAGGAAUACUGCCCUCGCUGGGAUUGCGGGGACGGGGCCGCUGGAUGAUAUUGCUUGUUUGUUUGGGCGCAAUGGGAGGGAACAUAUGAAAUGGACGACCACGACGGAGGGGAGGAAGGCGAAGGGUUCGCAUUUUUAUCAAUUGAGUUCGCCGUCGCCGUCGCCGCCGCCGCCGCCGAUUCCGUCCGCGUAUAAUGGGGAUGGUGCUAUUGAGGAUGAGUUUGCGUUGGGGAGGCCGUCACCUGGGAGGCCGGAUAUGCCGCCGGAUGGGCCUGAUGAGGUGUCGCGCGAUCAGUAUUUGAGGAGGCGGUUGAGAGAAUGUCGGACGGUCGAGGCUGUCAAGAGGGUUGUUCGGCAAUUGGAUGUUGAUCUUUUGCGAGAGCCGGGGUAUAGCCGUUUCAUAUUCGAUCACUUGUUGUCGUGUUCCAGGAGGGGAGAGUUGGGUGUUGACGAGCUUGUAUCGUUCCUGGACGACCCACAGCUUAAUAUUCGGGGAGCGAGGAAUUAUUUGACUGCGGUCGAGUAUAUCGCUUCGCGCGGGAUCAGGCAUGGGAAGUGGCAUCCACUCUUCGACAAUGUCGUUCAGGCUCUGGAGCUUGGGAUUGUUCCGCCUGACGAGUUGUGCGCUAUAAUAGAGGCUAUUGCGAAGGCAGCGCCGGCGAAGACUGAGAGAAAGAGGCAGUUCCCGGAUACGGUCACGGCAAUGUAUCAGGCGAUGUGGGAUGCAAUUGGACGAUGCGAUAUCUACGGGCACAGUGAUCUCGAUGAGGGGAUAGUUGAUGCGUGGCUUGGUGCUCUAUGGGAGAGGAACGUCUGCGACGAUUUGCCCUUGGCUAAAAGCAUACUCCUUGCUGCUCAGAGACUGGAGCCGGCAUGUUGCUCGUGGGCUACUCUGUUCUUGACGCGUUGGCUGGAGCUUCCUAAGAAGCUGCGAGUUGGCGCUGGUGAAGUCUACGCGAGUGAUAUACUGAGCAGUUUCAAGCCUGAUCUUGCAACAGCAGCUGUCAUAUCGACCACUGAAUUCUUGGCGUCGAACAAGAAAGAUCUACUCGGGCGGUGGCACAGCUGCUUAUUGCAGACUAAAGAUAUCCCGCAACUUGUUUCGUCAAAAGCAUGGCUUGAUGUUCGAUCGCGGGACGAUAUAACGGAGUCAAGUCUCUCGCUGCAACAUCAGAUCAUCUUACGCAUAUGGGCUCUACGAACUCUCAGCAAAGGUCUUUCCGACGGGCCUCUAUGGAGGAAGGAUGUACGAGCCACAGAUGUGCCUAUAAGACGCCUCUUCGGCCUCUGCGAGUCCAUCAACAAGAACGAAACCAGCGAAGACAUGCUAAGCAGUCUAAUGAAAGGCAUCCAUGAUCUGGGGCUACCAGCAAACGGCCUCCUAAUACUAGCUGUCGACAUGAAAGCCCGCAACACCCUCACGAAAUCGGCCCGUCGCACCCUGACCAACAUGGAAUCAUCAUCCAACAUCUCCUUCGCCAACAUCUUCGCCAACCUUGACGCCUACAACGCAAGCACCCCCCACUUCUUCGCCAAAUUCGAACAAAUGACCCGCCAAAUCGACAUCACCUCCCCCGACUUCAUCUCCCACGGUCUCGACCUCGCCAGAACCGGCGACUCUCGCAGCGUGUGGACACUCAUCCGCCUCCUCCGUUCCCACACCCCUCUUAAAAUCGCCCUCUCCAAAUCAUGGAUUCCUAUCCCCGACCCCUCAGAAAAAGCUCUCGUGCGCUACUACCCCGAGCCCAGAACCAGCGACUGCCCGGACCCGCACGCAGCUCUCGAAAUGAUCCACCUUCUUGCCGUGUCACUCGCGUGCUCGAGGCGCCUGAGCCCACGCCGUUCUUACAGUCUCGUGCAUUGGCUGUAUGUCUUCCUGGUGAAGCAUAAUGCGCCUGUUAAGCCGGCGAUUGCACGUGCUUUGUAUCAUGCUGGUGUUGAGCGCUUUCGGCGGGAGGGGUUGCGUGUUUCGCUCACGCAGUAUGCGUAUAUCUAUGACGUUGUGGAGGAGGUUGAAGGGUCUGAUGUCGUUGAGAAUCUUAUGGAGCCGCCGAGGAUUGGACAUCGGUUUUCGGGGGGUGAAGAAGGGGAGGCUUGUUCUGAGUGA